AAGACUUAGUGCAGGAAGCAAGUGCGCAUGAGCUCUCUUCACAGCCAGCUCAGGGCAGCUCAGGGGAUCAAGGCCCUGUGACCCCUGCAGGCUGGAGCUGGAGCCUGGCAUUGGCACGGUGUCCUGGCCCUUUGGGGCCUGAACCUGUGUUUGGGAAAACAGUAGCGCUAUCCUCCUGUUCUUGGCCUGGCUAGACUGUCAGAGGCAAGGGAGGCCAGAAACUGCCUGUGAACCUGCGGAGAGCCAGGCUCCAGGAAAGGCCGACUGUACCAUAUUCAGGACACGUAGAUAGAGCAGGAAGAUGUCGGAGCCUGUGGCCAUGAGCCUGCUGGAGGACUGGUGCCGGGGCAUGGGGAUGGACAUCCACAGGUCCCUGCUGGUCACUGGCAUCCCCGAGCACUGCGGCCACGCAGAAAUCGAGGAGACUCUGAAUGGGGUUCUCUUGCCACUGGGCGCAUACCGUGUGCUCAACAAAAUGUUUCUGAGGCAAGAGAACGUCAAGGCUGCCCUCGUGGAGGUUGGCGAAGGUGUGAACCUGAGCUCCGUACCCCGCGAGUUCCCGGCGAGGGGCGGUGUCUGGAGAGUGGUCCGCAGAGACCCCACCCAGGACGCUGAGUUCUUAAAAAAUCUGAAGGAAUUCUUGGACGCGGAAGGGCGCACCUGGGAGGAUGUGGUGCGGCUGUUGAGGCUUAACCACCACCCGCCGUUUCCGAACCCAAACCAGCCUCCACCGAACUGGGCAGAAACCCUGGGGUUGCUCCUGGGCGCGGUGGUCCAGGUCAUCUUCUACGUGGAUGCUGAAAUCCGCAGUCGCGAGGAGGAAGCGAGGGCUGAGGAGGCCGCCGAGGCUGAGUUGAUGGUGGCCGGGGCUUCGACAGCGAGGAGGAGGGUGAAGACGGAACCCGGGCUGGGCCUAGAGGUGGGCUCGGCUUUCAGGAUGCAGGACAGAAACUUCUGGAAGAACACAGAGGACCGUGACCCUCCAAAACCUCUGGUUCGCAGGGCUGGAGGUAAGAUUCGCCCCAGGAGAAGGAAGCAGAAAAAAACUCCUAAGCAAGAACCAACAUGCUGGAGAAACCCGCAAGGCAGUAAUUACAAUGAUAAAGCUUAUUUGGAAGCCGCUCAAACUGCUGCCGCUACCCAAAGCUCAGAAAUCCCAGAGUCCGUCAAGGGCAACAGAAAACCCUUUGUGAAACAGGAGGAGCCAGUUUGGAAGAAGAAAAGAGUCUGGAAAGAUCCCCGCGAUUUUCCUCGUAGUACGCUGUCCACAGCUGAGAGCCCCGAGAAUCGAGAGGACUCGGAUCAAGACAGUGGUUCAGAGAGCCCCCCGAAGAAGAGAGCCAUGACCUGGGCCUCAAGCAAGAUCCCCGCCCCCAUGAGAAAGAAGAAGAGGAUGAGCUUAGGAUCUCUCUCUUAUGUGCUGGUUGAUUCUGGAGCCACCAGGAACAAACCGGUGACUCUCAAGAAAGGGCCUGGUUCCAGGAGGGCUCUGUCCGCUCCCAGGGCUCCUCAGGCGACCCAACCCGCUGAUGUACCCGCUUCAACACCCAGGGCUCAGAAGACCAAGCCGGCAGGCUUUCUCUGUGUCUCAAAAGAUUCCAGAAAGCUAUGAUUCUGAGACCCUUGUGCCCAAGGAGGUGGAAGAGCAUCAGUGAAGAAGUUUCAAGUUGGGAGCGAACUUUUUCUUUGUGGUUGAACGAAACUUGAUUCUGGAGUGUUUGGGGGCCCCGGGAGUGUGUGUGCAGGUCUGACCCACACAGGCAAUGAUGUGAGGCCUUAGGUGGGGGGUACUGUUAGGGAAGACUCUGUCUGUGUCUUCCGUCGGUGCUGCUUUUCAUCUCUGCUCACCUUCAAAAGAGGAUGAGGUGACAAGCAGCUUUGGAAAAUUCUUGAACAUUCUUUCUUUCCCCUUUACCCACGAGGGGGCACGUGGUUCCUAUGCUCACCCACACUCAACCUUUGUUCUUUACCACCUGCUUUUUCUUCUGGAGGCUUAGCCCAUCCUCAGGGCCUGAGGUCUGGAAGGGCAGGGUGGCCAUUUUGUCCCUCGUGCUGUAAGCAUUUGGUAAGUCAGGCCCUGCACUUCGAAGCUUGCUGUGUGCAUUCAUCAGCAUCCACCCUCCAGCAACCUAAACGGAAUUUGGUUAGGUUCCAAGAGUUAGUGCUGGAAAAAGCGUGUGUCUGACUACCCCUGAAUUCUGCAGACUUCAUAGUCUUUAAAGAAAACUGGGGGCAAGGGAGACAGUUGAGUGGGGAAGAGAACUUGCAGUGCAAACACAAGUCCUACUCCUCGGAACUUGUGUGAAGGUCUGCCUGUGCCUGGAACGCCAGCGUCAGGUGGUGGAGACAGGUACAGCCCAAGAGCCUCAGAGUCAACCAGCCUGUCUGAAAUGGUGAGCUUCUGGGUUGGGGCAUCCCCCAGUGGGGGGCUGGAGGUGAGGCUGGGGUGGGGGGAAGGGACUUGCCACCAAGCCCAGUCCCUGGCUUUCAUCCCCAGCACCCACGUGGUGGAAAGAGAGAGGCAACUCCUUUAAGCUUCCCUCCGGCCUCCACAUUUAUUCCAUGAUACCCCACACAAAUAAAUACAACGCAAAAAUUUAUGUGUGAAAAAAGCAGGCGUGGUGGUGCCCCGCUGUCAUCUCGAAUGCGGAGGCUGAGGCAGGAGAAUUGCUGAGUUCAAGGCCAGCUUGGGCUACAAAGUAACGCCCUGCAUCAAAAUUAAUUAGUAGGUUAAAACAUCUUUUUAAAGUGUAGAAAAAAACGACAGUUCAACCAACUGUGUUAUAAUCCAAAAUACUGGCGUUCCUUGUUCCCUUGUGUGUACAGGAUAUCUGUAACUAGUCAUUGGCGCUGUGCUCUGCAUAGAAUUGUAUUUCUCUGUGUGUGUGUUCAUCUGUGCCCAUGUGCAUGCGUGUGUAUGUGGAGUCAGAGGAUUACCUUGUAUGUCACUCCUCAGCCACCAUACACCCUUUAUGAGAUGGGGAGGGGUUGGGGGGUGUGUGUCUCUCUCUGGCCAGAAAUUGGCUAGUAGGCUAGGCAGGGCAGCAAACCCCAGGCAUCCUCCUGUCUGCCAGCCCCCUACCACCGGCUUUCCCCCCCCCAAUGGGUUCUGGGGAUCAGAUCCUAACUGGGCUCACUCCCCUUUCCCCCUAUUUAAGUUUCCUAUAAAUGUAAGCUUUGAGGAUGAAGGUCAGAUGGAAAUAGAGGGGAUUGAAAUGUAAAGUGAAUAAAUAAAUUAAUUAAUUAAUUUAAAUUAAAGAAAAAAACCAUCUACACAAACAAACCAUGAAAAAGUGAUAAGUGUGGCUGGAGAGAUGGCUCAGAGGUUAAGAACACUGGCUGUUCUUCCAAAAGUCCUGAGUUCAAUUCUCAGCAACCACAUGGUGGCUCACAACCAUCUAAAGUGAGAUAUGGUUCCUCUUCUGGUGUGCAAACAGAACAUUGUAUAAGUAAUAAAAAAAUAAAUGUUUUUUUUUAAAUGAUAAGGAGGGGGCUAGAGAGAUGGCUCAGUGGUUAAGAGCACUGUCUGCUCUUCCAAAGGACCCAGGUUCAAUUCCCAGCACCCACAUGGCAGAUCACAACUGUCUGUACCAUCAAUUCCAAGGGAUCUGACACCUUCACACAUAAAAUAAAAUUAUUUUUUUUAAAUCAUAAAAAGUGAUAAGGAUAUUAAAAUAAAGAGAAACUGUAAGAGUGACAAAAAAUUAACAUUAGAUUCAUUCGGUUAGAACAGGUAUUGCCUUCAAAGGUCAGUUUUGAAAAUUCCAGCUUGGGGUCAUUAUCUAAUCUGGUAAAGCAUGAAAAACUGGUGGGCUGCAGGGUCCACAGAUCAAGCCCUGUGCAAAUCAGACAGCGCAGGAGCAAAGUGAGGUGGAGCCCCGCAGGCACUGUGGGAAUUCUAGAACAAUGGCAAAUGUGUAACCAGAAUCAGCAAUUACACAGCAUUUCCACGCUCAGGGGGAGCUCGGGAUGUCUCCCUUCUGCCUUUGAUCUUCCGUGAGAAGCGUGAGCACUUACAGAGCGUUCCAGAUUAGGUCUGAAGCAAAACUUCCUCAAGUGUGGACUUAACCAAGGGAGGUGAGCUUGGUUGCCUCAGGGGAAAACAGGGAGAAACCUGAGCUAAAUGACCAGAAAGAAAAGAGGCCGGUGGAGGCUUAUGGGGCCCACCUCUAGAUGAGGACAUGUUGGCCAUUAAUGGUUUCGGGGGGCCGGGGGCUCAUUUUCUUGAGUGGUGUGGCUACUGGUAAACUUUAACGUGGGUUAAUGCUGCAUUAAUUCCUCUCAUUAACAGAAACAAUGAGGGUGACUUAGAUAGAGGCUCAAGGACAAUGAGUCAAAGACAAACACCUAAGGCAGGAAGGCUGGAAGUCUUGUACCUGUCCUGGCAGGGUCAUGGAGAUGCUAGCCCGCAUGGAGGCCAGUCACAUGUUCGCCCGCAGCCACACAGGGGUGUGGGGAGGCGCUUUAGAAAAAGCAUAAGCAAAUUCAAAGUACCAGGGGGACAGAGUCUCACUAUGUAGGCCAGGCUUAAACUACAAAAUGAACAACAGCAAAUAGGGGUAUCAACAUAGAACUGGUUAAACAAGCAGGAGGCUCACUAUAGGGGAUGGAACCCUUUGGGAAUAUUAAAAAGAAACCAGGGCUGGAGAGAUGGCUCCGCGGUCAAGAGCACUGGUUAUUCUUCUGGAGGAACUGGAUUUGAUUCCUAGCAUCCACAUCUGUAACUACGGUUUUACACCCUCUUCUGGCCUCUGAGUACACACAGGCCAAGCCACAUACACAUAAAAUAAAUUAAAACAAUAUAAUAAUAAUAAUAAUGUCUGCAAGGCACAUUGGCACAUGCCUUUAAUCCCAACCAUCUUAAUAGGAGGUGUUAAGAGAAAGUUUCCUGGGUCCAGCCAUCUCAGGAGCAAGUUUCACCUUGCUGGCAGGGUCAGAACUGAGUUCACGUUUCCAGGCAGUGGUACCCAGGACCUAGUCUUGCUUCUGCAGGUGUUCCAUGUUUGUCUGUUAAUCAGUAACGGAUGUAAAGAGGGAAGUAGUAAUUAUCCACUAUCUAAACUAAGCACACAAGUUGUAAAUGUGUUGCCUGUCUUGACUUAAAGCUUGCCCACUCCUUACCACUUCCCUUAUCACUCUAAAUUCCAAGCCAAAAUCCAAGAAGGGACAUGACUGCAAAGAGCUGAGCCAGGGAACCUGGAGAGGCCCAGGCACCCACGUUGACUUCUUUCUUCAACUUCUUGUGUCAAAAUAUGAUUGGUCAGGGCAACAGCCCCCCUGCUCCCCCUUGCUUUGUGUUCUCAUCCUUUAAAAACACUGUACAAUCUCCCUUCCCAGCCAAGGUUCAGGUCCUGAACUGGCCCCUCCCUGUGCUUGCAGAAAAUAAAGCUUGCAUUUUAAGCUUCUGUCUCUGAAGUGAGUUUUCUCGUCGUCCACCCUGAACCCAACAGAAGCAGAAGAAAGCGGAUCUUUGUGAGUUCCAGG